AUGUCACGGUGGCAACAGAGGAGGCAGCGAUCCCAGCAGAUCUUGCUGCAAGGGCUUCAAGGACUGAAGUCGUGGAUCGCCUCAGGCAUGGGUAGCACAAUGCACUACGGCCGCCACGGAGGCCACGGCGACACCAGCGCCUCUGUGUCUGCAGCUGCAGUGGCUGUCCAGACCACUGCGAUGCCCCAGCGGUGGCGACAGCCUAGUUCCGUAUUUGUGAUAAGCAGGAACUCAAAAUAUUAUUUUUUAACAGAUUUGGUUCAUCUGACUUGUGUAUCUUCUAAAACAGCAAGAGGAGAUUUAGAGCCAAUUGUGAAGAAAUUGUUUAUUCCAUAUACUGAAAUGGAUAUAGAAAAUGAAGAUGUUGAAAAGCCAAGAAUUCUGUGGGCUCUUUACUUCAGUAUGAGAGAUUCUUCAGACAUCUGCAGGAGCUGUUAUAAUGAUUUACCAUCCAACGUUUAUGUCUGCUCUGGCCCAGACUGUGAUUUAGGAAAUGAUAAUGCAGUCAAACAGGCUGAAACACUUUUCCAGCAAAUCUGUCCCAAUGAAGACUUCUGUCCACCCCCACCAAAUCCUGAAGACAUUGUCCUUGAUGGAGACAAUUUGCAACCAGAAGCUUCAGAAUCCAGUGCCAUGCCAGAGCCUAAUUCAGAGACUCACAAGGAAAGCACAAACCUGGGAAACCCAGAGGAGCCUUCUGAAUAAUGGAUAUACACCAAACUGGAUAUCCCAAUUCGGAAAUUCAUACUGGCCUCAGAGUUUCCUUAGUGGAAGGACUGUUUGAAAAAUGUUAGAAAGCAGCCACCCGUUGACAUGCCAAAUUAUAAGGAGAAGCAGGUCAUAGAAAUCUAAAAGGUGGUUUUCAUUAAAAAGGACAUUCCAAGAACAUAAACACUUCUAAGACACAUUGACUUGCCUGUUUUAAGAUACUAAAUCUGUAGGAUUAGCAGAUGAAAAAUAAAUGAAUUGAUUCCCAGUAAUAGAGCUAUGGCUAUGAAAGUGAUCCUAUGCAUUGUUAAUCAAAAUUCGAAAGCCGCAUCUUCAGAAUUGGCUCACAUAUUUCCUUUGAUUAUUUGAAUCAUAUUUUCUUUAUGGAUAUGGGCAUCAUGGUGUAAUGAUAAAAGCGUAUGUAGAUUCAGUUAAGAAAAACUAAAGUAUGAUUCAGGAAGAAGCCUGUGUUUGGAAUACAGGUUUGUUUUGUUUUCUAUGUUGAGAAGUAUGGAAAAUGCUAAUAUUAAAGUGUUUAGACAUUUUUAUGAGCAAAUCAGUGGUGUUUUUUAAUAUUAGUCGUGAUAUUUGCACAUUGGGAAAACUCAAUAAUGAAGAAAUGAAAGAAUUAAAGGAAAGAUUCAGAUAGGUUCAUUGAUAUUUGGGUAUUCAAGUAACCAGAGUACUAGUCAUUGUCUACAGACCUAAUUUAGUCCUGGCUGUACUACUGAUGACACUGGGCAAAUUGUUUAACUUCUGAGCCUCAGUUUUCUCCAUAUGUAAAGUAGACAUAGUAAUACCCUGCCUAUUGCAUGAGAAUGAUUAUGAAGAUAAAUGUAGUGCCAUCCUUGGAAUGUUUUUUCUGGAAUAAAAUGGUUUCAUAAUUUUCCCAUUAACUUGAAGAUGAAUAUCAAAAAUCUCAUGCAGCACAUAAUUGCUUGCUGUCAACUUCUGAACAAAAUAAAUCACAGUGUUUUUAUUGCAUUAGGCUUUUUAAAUGAAAAUUUCUUAAAUUAGUAUUUUACAGUCUUAUAGACCAGUAAACAUAGUAACAAGUGGAAUUGUAGUUUUGAAAUCUUACUAAGGAAAACACUAUACAUUCUUUUAUUUUUUUUCUAAGUAAACCUGCAAUCACCAAAAACUCCAAGUAAGGUAUGACAGUUGUUAACCCCUAAUAUAUACUCUGCAUAAAAAUGUUAGAGCAGCAAAUCUAGUUACAGUGACAGUGCCUAUAUUUAAAUAUUCUUAAAUGCCAAGCUCUGAUGGUCUACUUUUUUUGAGCAAUAGUUUAGACUUACAACUGUCUGUAAAUAAACUCAAAAUUUCUUGUCAUAAGUUCUGACCUGUAUUGCCUAUCAGGAAGCCAUGGUUCCAGUGGAAAGCACGUAGUUCUUAUACUCUUCAACUGCAGCUGGCCCCUGACCUCACCAGGUUUCCAAGAAGAUCUUAAAGGAAGGUAGGUGUGGCAGGGCACAUAUUCAUGGGAAAUGGAAAGAAAUAAGGAAUGUAGCUCUUACCUCACCUUUUCAACUCCUGCAGAUAUAGUCGAAUCCAGAAGAAAGAGAAAAACUUCCCAGCCUCUCAGGCUGCUCCUAACCCUUUCUCCCAAUGUGCAACCCCUCCUCUCUUUAGUCCCUUUUUUCCCUUUUAUAAUGUCACACAAAUCAGGAACAGUAGGAUCAUAUUAUAACCUAAUUUGUUACAAGGAUUCAGAUAAUUAUUAAAUCAUGUUUCCUGAAACCCAUGGGCAUGUACUAAAUGCCUAAUAUGUACCUUUAAUUAUACAGAGUAUUGGUCCUGCCCUUGGAUACCAGCGAUAUAAAAGGUUCCACUAGAUGAGAGAAUUGAGUCUGAAUACAAUUGUAGUAAAUUGCACCAUGAUACUGUACUUUGUUGUUGUCUUAGAGUUGAGGUACCUUGGAUGCAGCAUGCACAUUUAUGUAAACAGACAAUCGGGGUAGACAUAGAAUAACUAGGAAAAUUCUGAUGGACUUGCUGCAGUUGUCUAUAUGUAGAACAAUGGAGAUAGUUGUGGUCUCAUGGCACAACCCAUAGUGCACCGUUUCAUCCAUUAACCAGCAUCAGAAUCUCUCUUUCAGGUUAUUUAUUAAAUACUGUUGAAAUGUUUAAAAGCUUCUGAAUAUGAUUAGUGAUGAUUAAAAUAUUACACAACUGUAAAAAUUGUGUUAGAGAACUUUAGAUAUUUCCUGCUGCCUCAGAAAUUAUUCUAAGAGCCUUUGUUGCAGCUCUUAGAAAUUAUUCUAAGAGGUUUUUGUUCAUAGCUUAAAAUUAUAAAGAAAAAUCUUUUUGUUUUAUUGUAAGACCUUAAGCCUGAAGUCAUAUUAAUAAAAAUUAAUGUGUUGUACAUAAUGCAAAAUUUUCAGUAGCUAAUUUAAAAUUUUGAAAAUUGCUAUUAAAGAAUUUUGAUUCAUAUAUUUAAAAUGUUUAAUUAUGCAUGCUUCUUAUUAACCAAAAAUGAUGAUAAUGCCAUUCAGUUUAGUGAUCAAUAUGAGAGCCAAUAACUAAUCCUAUGUUGCUACUGUAUUUUUUUCUAGUUGCUGUACCUGCCCAGUAAAACAUAUACUGUAUAUAUUAAAGGCCAACAUAUAUUUUAUAGGAAAACGUAGUUACUCUUUAAUAAUUUAGUUGGCUCUAGUAAAAUGGCCAUGUUAAUGGGUAACUUCUAGAACUGUCCUAGUUUCUGAGAUUGGCAACCCUUUGUCUAGAAUAAUGGCUGUAUUAAUGAUUAAUUUCUGUAUCAUAGUUUUCUGGAUUGGCAGCCCUUUGCCUAAAAUCCUAAAGACUUCCAAAAACAUUUCUUGAAAUUUAAUUAACUAGUAGUAAUAAUUUCCUUGCAAAUUAGUUAUUUACUGCUAUCGAUAUUGAAUAAUUUGUCUUUUACUAUUAGUUAAUUUUAUAUGUAUCUCAAAAAACAUGAAUAUAAGAUUAUAAUUUGCACACUGUAGUCAGUAAGUUUUCAGAGAAAAUAAAGAUUUUUCAAUGCCUUUCA